AUGAACCACUACACCAAGAAAGCCAUUGUUAUCAAAACAACUAUAGCAAUGGCUCCCAAAUUCUCCUAUCUUCUUACAACCUUCCUCCUCCUACUCUUUUCAAUCCAGCUCUUUAUAGCUCAGUCUGAAGAUCAUGAAGGGAAAACACUCAAAUUUCUUCAAAGUCUAAAGGAAGUCAUAAAGGGCCAAAAUGUUGUUGGCCUUAAUAAGGUCAAGAAGCACCUUAGGAAAUUUGGAUACUACCCAAGUGAUGAUACCAAUAAUCUAACUGACGAUUUCGAUGACCAUUUGGAGUCUGCACUCAAAACUUACCAAAAAUUUUAUCAGCUACAGGUCACUGGGAAUCUUGAUUCUGCUACAAUCAAGAAUAUGAUGAUCCCACGAUGUGGAGUACCUGAUAUCACCAAUCUCACAUCCUCAUCAAAACCAACCAGCAGCAGCCACCACAAGUCGAAAAUGUUCCACAUGGUUUCACACUAUGAUUUUCCCGAGGGAACCCCAAGAUGGCCAUCUUCUGAGUAUCAACUCACCUACACGUUUCGUUCUGGAGUUCAAAGCCCAAAUGAGGAAGACAUGAGGUCUGCUUGCUCCCAAGCUUUUCAGAGAUGGGCAAGUGUUUCCCAGUUCUCGUUUCAGGAAGCAACUGCAGGUUCCAGAGCAGAUAUUGUAAUCGGUUUUUAUAGAGGUGAUCACGGAGAUGAAGACCCUUUUGAUGGGCCUGGAAUGGUGCUGGCUCAUUCAUUUCCUCCCCAAGAUGGAAGAUUCCAUUAUGAUGCAGACGAGGAUUGGAGCAGUAAUCCCAACAUGAACCAAAUGGACUUGGAAUCUGUGGCAGUUCAUGAAAUUGGUCAUCUGCUUGGGCUUGCACACAGUCAGGAUUCAAAUGCCAUUAUGUACGCAACAAUUCCACCAGGGAUUAUAAAAAGGGAACUCACACAAGAUGAUAUUGACGGCAUACAUGCUCUCUACCGUAAUUAAUCAAGCAAAAAACUAUGUUUGCAUGGAAUAAUCAAAGAGCAAUUCAUGUGUUCAUGUUUAAUUACCAAAUAUGAACGGAUCUUAAUCGAUAUGUAAUGGAUAUUAUUGUACUUUUCGUUGUUCAAUGUCUGCUAUUCCACAAAGUAGCCUUUCUUUUUAUGAAUAACUAGUCGUUUUGCUAA